GCCCGACUGGGACUUCAACACAGCAGAAGGAGAGCCAAGGGAACGUGAAUGUCACCUGAGAAGGAUUGCGGUGGAAGGACAAGCAGCUGAGACACGAGAGGACUACCUAGAUGGAACCAAGAAACUCUUAACAGUCAUAGGGGAACUGGGAUACCGGGCAUCUGCCAAAAAGGCCCCAAUCUGCAAACCUGAGGUACACGGGACUCGAGAAGAUCUGAAAGAUCAGCCAUGGCCAGAUGCUGAAGAUACCUGGUACACCAAUGGGAGCAGCUUUGUUCAGGAUGGCCAAAGGUAUUCAGGGAUGGCUGUGGUCACUGAGACUGAGGUUGUUUGGGCUGAACCCUUGCCCACUGGAACAUCAGCACAGAGAGCAGAGCUCAUAGCAUUAACCAAAGCACUGACGCUGGGAAAGGGCCAAAAGCUAAAUAUAUACACAGACGGCAGGUAUGCUUUUGCUACUGCUCACAUACAUGGGACCAUUUACAGAGAAAGGGGACUGUUAACAGCUGAAGGAAAGACUAUUAAAAACAGAGAAGAAAUUCUUGUGCUACUGGCGGCCCUAUGGCUGCCAAAGAAAUUGGCUAUUAUUCACUGUCCCAGGCACCAAACUCCAAUUGCCCAAGGAAAUAAUUUGGCCAACCAGACAGCUCAAAAAAUAGCCCUAGAAGCUGAUCUGACCCUGACCAUUCAGCUGCCUGAUAAAGGGGGCACUGCCUUACCAGAAACUCCCCAGUAUACUGAGGCAGACUUAAAGUGGAUAAAACAACUGCCCAUGGCCCAAUGCCUCAAAAGAUGGUGGAGACUGUCUGACUGUAGAGUCAUCCUGCCUGAAGCACUGGGAGAACAAGUUCUCUCCAAAAUGCACCAGGCCACCCACAUGGGCACUCGAAAAAUGCAAGACCUCCAGAAACUGAGCGUAUCAUUGCCACCUGCAAAGCCUGCCAAUUGAC